AUGGCCACCCUGGAAAAGCUAAUGAAGGCUUUCGAGUCCCUCAAGUCCUUCCAGCAGCAGCAGCAGCAGCAGCAGCCUCCGCCGCCGCCUCAGCCUCCUCAAAAGAAAGAACUCUUAAACACCAAGAAAGACCGUGUGAGUCACUGUCUGACAAUAUGUGAAAACAUGGUGGCACAGUCGCUCAGAAAUUCUCCAGAAUUUCAGAAGCUUCUGGGUAUCGCUAUGGAACUCUUCCUGCUGUGCAGUGAUGAUGCGGAGUCGGACGUCCGGAUGGUGGCUGACGAAUGCCUCAACAAAGUCAUCAAGGCUCUGAUGGAUUCUAACCUUCCGAGGUUACAGUUGGAACUCUACAAGGAGAUUAAAAAGAACGGAGCUCCUCGGAGUCUGCGUGCGGCCCUUUGGAGGUUUGCUGAGCUGGCUCACCUGGUUCGGCCACAGAAAUGCAGGCCUUACCUGGUAAACCUGUUGCCUUGCCUGACUCGAAUCAGCAAGAGGCCUGAGGAGUCUGUUCAGGAGACCCUGGCUGCAGCUAUUCCCAAGAUCAUGGCUUCCUUUGGCAAUUUUGCAAACGACAAUGAAAUUAAGGCUUUGCUCAAGGCUUUCAUAGCGAAUCUGAAGUCGGGCUCCCCAACCAUCCGACGGACGGCAGCUGGGUCGGCGGUGAGCGUGUGCCAGCACUCUAGGAGGACACAGUAUUUCUACAGCUGGCUGUUGAGUGUGCUCCUAGGUUUGCUUAUUCCUGUGGAGGAUGAGCACCCCACCCUGCUCAUCCUUGGAGUGCUGCUCACCUUGAGGUAUCUGGUGCCUUUGCUGCAGCAGCAGGUCAAGGACACGAGCCUGAAAGGGAGCUUUGGGGUGACACGGAAAGAAAUGGAAGUGUGUCCUUCCACGGAGCAGCUUGUCCAGGUCUACGAGCUGGCUCUGCAUCACACGCAGCACCCAGACCACAACGUCGUCACCGGGGCAUUGGAGCUGCUGCAGCAGCUUCUCAGGACCCCUCCCCCCGAGCUCCUCCAGGUGCUGACCACGGCGGGCGGCAUCGCACGGCUGGGCGUGGCCAGAGACGAGCCAGGCUGCCGGAGCCGCAGCGGGAGCAUCGUGGAGCUCCUAGCUGGAGGGGGUACUUCCUGCAGCCCUGUCCUUCCAAGAAAACAAAAAGGCAGAGUGCUGGUGGGGGAAGAGGAGGCCCUGGAGGAUGACUCCGAGUCGCGGUCAGAUGUCAGCAGCUCCGCCUUUGCAGCCUCUGUGAAGGGUGAGAUCGCGGGUGAGUUGGCUGCGUCUUCGGGGGUUUCGACUCCUGGGUCUGCGAGCUCAGCCGCCGACUCCACAGGUCACGAUAUCAUUACCGAACAGCCCCGGUCACAGCACACUCUGCAGUCGGACUCUGUGGACCUGGCCAGCUGUGACCUGGCGAGUGCUGCCACCGAGGGGGAUGAGGAGGACAUCCUGAGCCACAGCUCCAGCCAGAUCAGCACUGUCCCGUCUGACCCUGCAAUGGACUUGAAUGAUGGGACCCAGGCCUCCUCCCCCAUCAGCGAUAGCUCCCAGACCACAACCGAAGGGCCUGACUCAGCCGUGACCCCAUCGGACAGUUCUGAAAUUGUGUUAGAUGGUACCAACAGCCAGUACUCGGGAAUGCACAUUGGACAGCUGCAGGACGAAGAUGAGGAAGCCGCCGGUGUUCUUCCUGAUGAGGCCACUGACACCUUCGGAAACUCUCCUGUCGCUCACCAACACGCACAUUUCCUGGAGAGCAGGCCGUCUUUGGACAGCAGUGUGGAUAAAUUUCCAUCCAGAGAUGAGGCUGCUGAGCUGGGUGACCAGGACAACAAGCCUUGCAGAGUCAAAGGUGACAUAGGACAGUCUACUGAUGAAGAUGCCGCGCCUCUUGUCCAUUGUGUCCGCCUCAUAUCGGCUUCGUUUUUGCUAACUGGGGAAAAGAAUGCACUGGUUCCGGAUCGGGACGUCAGGGUGAGUGUGAAGGCGCUGGCGGUCAGCUGUGUCGGAGCAGCUGUGGCCUUGCACCCGGAAUCUUUCUUCAGCAAACUCUACAAAGUACCUCUGGACACCACGGACUACCCUGAGGGACAGUAUGUGUCGGACAUCCUCAACUACAUCGAUCACGGAGACCCGCAGGUCCGAGGGGCCACUGCCAUCCUGUGCGGGACCCUCAUCUACUCCAUCCUCAGCCGAGCCCGCUUCCACGUGGGCGACUGGCUGGGUACCCUGCGAAGCCUGACAGGAAACACGUUCUCGCUGGCGGACUGCGUUCCUUUGCUGCAGAAAACCUUGAAAGACGAGUCUUCAGUUACUUGCAAGUUGGCCUGUACGGCUGUGCGGCUCUGUGUCAUGAGCCUGUGCAGCAGCAGCUACAGCGAGUUGGGACUGCAGCUGGUCAUCGACAUGCUGCCUCUGCGGAGCAGCUCCUACUGGCUGGUGAGGACAGAGCUCCUGGAAACGCUGGCAGAGAUUGACUUCAGGUUGGUGAGCUUUCUGGAGGCAAAAGCAGAAAACUUGCACAGAGGGGCUCAUCAUUACACAGGGCUUUUAAAAUUACAAGACCGAGUGCUCAAUCACGUGGUCAUUGGUUUGCUUGGGGACGAAGACCCCAGGGUGAGGCAUGUGGCCGCUGCGUCGUUGAUGAGGCUUGUCCCCAAGCUGUUUUAUAAGUGUGACCAAGGACAGGCCGACCCGGUGGUGGCUGUGGCGAGGGAGCAGAGCAGCGUGUACCUGAAGCUCCUAAUGCACGAGAUGCGGCCGCCGUCCCACUUCUCCGUCAGCACCAUCACCAGAAUAUAUAGAGGCUAUAACUUACUGCCAAGCAUGACGGACGUCACGCUGGAAAACAACCUCUCGAGAGUCGUCGCCGCUGUCUCACACGAGCUCAUCACGUCAACGACACGGGCGCUCACAUUUGGAUGCUGUGAAGCUCUCUGUCUUCUAUCAACGGCCUUCCCAGUUUGCAUUUGGAGUUUGGGUUGGCACUGCGGAGUCCCCCCGCUGAUUGCCUCUGACGACUCCAGAAAGAGCUGCACUGUGGGCAUGGCUGCCAUGGUCCUCACCCUGCUUUCCUCAGCCUGGUUCCCCCUGGACCUCUCUGCUCAUCAGGACGCCCUCACGUUGGCUGGGAACUUGCUCGCAGCCAGUGCCCCCAGAUCUCUGAGGAGCUCCUGGGCCCCUGACGAAGAAGCCAGCCCAGCAGCCACCAAACAGGAGGAGGUGUGGCCGGCCCUGGGAGACCGGACCCUGGUCCCCAUGGUGGAGCAGCUCUUCUGUCACCUGCUGAAGGUGAUCAAUGUCUGUGCCCACGUCUUGGACGAUGUGGCCCCCGGGCCUGCAGCAAAGGCAGCCCUGCCUUCUCUAACCAACCCCCCUUCUCUAAGUCCGAUCCGACGGAAGGGGAAGGAGAAAGAAGCAGGGGAGCAGGCCUCUGUGCCAUUGAGCCCAAAGAAGGGCACAGAAGCUGGACCAGCUUCUAGACAAUCCGAUACUCCAGGGCCUGUUGCGACAAGUAAGUCCUCUUCGCUGGGAAGUUUCUAUCACCUUCCUUCGUACCUCAAGUUGCAUGACGUUCUGAAAGCAACUCACGCCAACUACAAGGUCACCUUGGAUCUCCAGAACAGCACGGAGAAGUUUGGUGGGUUUCUGCGCUCUGCCUUGGAUGUUCUUUCACAGAUUCUGGAGCUGGCAACCCUGCAAGACAUCGGGAAGUGUGUGGAAGAGAUCCUCGGAUACCUGAAGUCCUGCUUCAGCCGUGAGCCAACAAUGGCCACAGUCUGUGUGCAGCAGCUGCUGAAGACGCUCUUUGGGACAAACUUGGCAUCACAGUUCGACGGCUUGUCCUCCAACCCCAGCAAGUGUCAAGGCCGUGCCCAGCGCCUCGGCUCCUCCAGCCUACGGCCGGGCCUGUACCAUUACUGCUUCAUGGCGCCCUACACCCACUUCACCCAGGCCCUGGCGGAUGCCAGUCUGAGGAACAUGGUGCAGGCGGAGCAGGAGCAGGACACCUCGGGAUGGUUUGACGUACUCCAGAAAGUGUCUUCCCAGUUGAAAACCAACCUCACGGGCGUCACCAAGAACCGCGCAGACAAGAACGCCAUCCACAGCCACAUCCGCUUGUUCGAGCCGCUUGUCAUAAAAGCUCUGAAGCAGUACACGACGACGACGUCUGUGCAGCUGCAGAGGCAGGUUCUGGGCCUGCUGGCGCAGCUCGUUCAGCUGCGGGUGAACUACUGUCUCCUGGACUCAGACCAGGUGUUUAUCGGAUUUGUGCUAAAGCAGUUUGAGUACAUUGAAGUGGGCCAGUUCAGGGAGUCGGAGGCAAUUAUCCCGAACAUCUUUUUCUUCUUGGUGCUGCUGUCGUAUGAGCGCUACCACUCGAAGCAGAUCAUCAGCAUUCCUAAGAUCAUUCAGCUCUGUGACGGCAUCAUGGCCAGCGGGAGGAAGGCCGUCUCCCAUGCCAUCCCGGCCCUGCAGCCCAUUGUGCACGACCUCUUUGUGCUGAGAGGGGCCAACAAAGCCGACGCGGGAAAGGAGCUGGAGACGCAGAAGGAGGUGGUGGUGUCCAUGCUGCUGCGCCUUAUCCAACACCACCAGGUGCUGGAGAUGGUGAUCCUCGUCCUGCAGCAGUGCCACAAGGAGAACGAGGACAAGUGGAAGCGGCUGUCUCGGCAGAUAGCAGACGUGGUCCUGCCCAUGCUGGCCAAGCAGCAGAUGCACAUCGAUUCUCACGAAGCCCUUGGAGUGCUAAACACUUUGUUUGAAAUCCUGGCCCCCUCGUCCCUCCGUCCUGUGGACAUGCUCUUACGAAGCAUGUUCGUUACUCCGAGUACAAUGGCUUCCGUGAGCACCGUUCAGCUGUGGGUAUCGGGCAUCCUCGCCAUUUUGCGGGUCCUUAUUUCCCAGUCGACCGAGGACAUCGUCCUGUCCCGCGUUCAGGAGCUCUCCUUCUCCGCGAGUUUAGUCUCCUGUCCGGUGAUUAGCAGGCUCAGAGGAGGGGGUGGUGACCCAGCACCGGAAGAGCACAGUGAAGGGGCACACACGAAGAACCCGCCAGAAGAGACGUUUGCCAGGUUCCUGCUGCAGCUUGUCGGCAUUCUCCUCGAGGACAUCGUCACGAAGCAGCUGCGGGUGGAAAUGAGUGAGCAGCAGCACACCUUCUACAGCCAGGAGCUGGGCACACUGCUCAUGUGUCUGAUCCACAUCUUCAAGUCUGGAAUGUUCCGGAGGAUCACAGCAGCCGCCACGAGACUGCUCACCAGUGAUGACUCUGCUGGCAGCUUCUACACCCUCGAGGGCCUGAACACGUGGGUCCGCGCCAUGAUCCCCACCCACCCGUCCCUCGUACUGCUCUGGUGCCAGAUCCUGCUCUUGGUCAACUACACCGACUACCACUGGUGGGCCGAGGUGCAACAGACCCCCAAAGUUGUGUUCUGGCCGUGCCAGGUUCGCUCAGGGAUGCGCACAACCACGACCAGCCCCACCUGCGUCCUUUCUGCUGUGUCUCUGAAAGCCCAAGCCUGUGCUGGGAGAGGGGACUCUGCAUCACUGAGCCCCUCUCCUCCUGUCACUUCCCACCCGCUGGACGGGGACGGGCACAUAGCCUUGGAAACAGUGAACCCAGACAAAGACUGGUACAUACGUCUUGUCAAGUCCCAGUGUUGGACCAGGUCGGACUCCGCGCUGCUGGAAGGCGCAGAGCUGGUGCAUCGCAUCCCUCCCGACGAGCUGGGCACAUUCAUGAUGAACCCGGAGUUCAACCCAAGCCUAUUGGCCCCCUGCCUGAGCCUCGGCGCAAGUGAGGUUUCCGGAGGCCACAGGAGCCACCUCUUCGAGACGGCCCGCUCGGUGACCCUGGACCGGAUGACCAGCAUUGUUCAGCAGCUCCCUGCCAGCCACCAAGUGUUGCAGCCAUUCCUGCCCGCUGAGUCCUCGGCCUACUGGAGCAAGCUGAACGACCUGUUUGGGGACGCCACGCUGUACCAGUCGCUGACCACACUGGCCCGGGCCUUGGCGCAGUACCUGGUGGUACUCCCCAGAGUGCCCGGCCAUCUGCACCUCCCCCCUGAGAAGGAGCGGGACACUGUCAAGUUUGUGGUGAUGACACUCGAGGCCCUGGCGUGGCAUUUAACCCACAAGCAGAUGCCGCUGAGCCUGGACCUGCAGGCCGGCCUGGACUGCUGCUGCCUGGCACUGCAGCGGCCGGGCCUCUGGCUCCUGGUCUCGUCCUCGGAGUUCGUGAGCCACGCCUGCUCCCUCAUCCACUGUGUGCGCUUCAUCCUCGAGGCCGUUGCAGUGCAGCCUGGGGACCAGCUUCUUAGCCCAGAGAGGAAGACAAAUGCUCCGAAGGCCAUCAGAGAGAAUGGAGUGGACUCAAACACCCCACAGGCUCAGUGGGUCACCGCAGCCUGUGAGAUGGUGGCGGAGAUGGUGGAGGCCCUGCAGUCGGUGCUGGCCCCGGGCCACAGGCAGAGCAGCAACACGCCCGCCUUCCUCACACCCGUGCUCAGGAACGUCGUGAUCAGCCUGGCCCGCCUGCCCCUCGUCAACAGCUACACGCGGGUCCCACCCCUGGUGUGGAAGCUCGGAUGGUCACCCAAACCCGGAGGGGACUUUGGCACCGUGCUCCCGGAGAUCCCUGUCGAGUUCCUUCAGGAAAAAGAAGUCUUCAAAGAGUUCAUCUACCGAAUCAACACACUAGGGUGGACCAGCCGUACCCAGUUUGAGGAAACAUGGGCCACCCUCCUUGGUGUCCUGGUGACGCAGCCCCUCGUGAUGGAGCAAGAAGAGAGCCAACCUGAAGAAGACACAGAGAGGACGCAGAUCAACGUCCUGGCAGUGCAGGCCAUCACCUCCUUGGUGCUGAGUGCCAUGACUGUUCCCGUGGCUGGCAACCCUGCCGUGAGCUGCUUGGAGCAACAGCCCCGGAACAAGCCGCUGAAAGCUCUGGACACCAGGUUUGGGAGGAAGUUGAGUGUCAUCAGAGGAAUUGUAGAGCAGGAAGUUCAGGCAAUGGUUUCCAGGAGAGAAAAUAUUGCCACUCAUCACCCGUACCAAGCAUGGGACCCUGUCCCUUCUCUGUCCCCAGCUACGACAGGCGUCCUCAUCAGCCCCGACAAGCUGCUACUCCGGACCAACCCCGAGCGGGAGCUGGGGAGCAUGGGCUACAAGCUCGGCCAGGUUUCGAUACAUUCUGUGUGGCUGGGAAAUAACAUCACACCCCUGCGAGAAGAGGAGUGGGACGAGGAGGAAGAGGAGGAGGCCGAUGUCCCCGCACCUCCCUCACCACCCACGUCACCUGUCAACUCCAGGAAACACCGAGCGGGAGUGGACAUCCAUUCCUGCUCACAGUUCCUGCUAGAACUGUACAGCCGCUGGGUCUUGCCAUCCAGCUCAGCCCGGAGGACGCCUGUCAUUCUGAUCAGCGAAGUGGUUCGGUCGCUUCUCGUGGUCUCAGACUUGUUCACCGAGCGCAGCCAGUUUGAGAUGAUGUAUGCGACGCUGACGGAGCUGCGGAAGGUGCACCCUUCGGAGGAUGAGAUCCUCGUUCAGUACCUGGUGCCGGCCAUGUGCAAAGCAGCCGCCGUCCUGGGCAUGGACAAGGCCGUGGCCGAGCCCGUCGGCCGCCUGCUGGAGAGCGCGCUCCGGAGCGGCCACCUGCCCAGCCGCGUGGGGGCCCUGCACGGUGUGCUCUACGUGCUUGAGUGUGACCUGCUGGACGACACCGCCAAGCAGCUCAUCCCUGUCGUCAGCGACUACCUGCUCUCCAACCUCAAGUCGGUCGCCCACUGCGUGAACGUCCACAGCCAGCAGCACGUCCUGCUCAUGUGUGCCACCGCCUUCUACCUGAUGGAGAACUACCCGCUGGACGUGGGGCUCGAGUUUUCUGCCUCCAUCAUCCAGAUGUGUGGCGUGGUGCUGUCGGGCACCGAGGAGUCCACCCCGUCCGCCGUGUUCCACUGCGUCCUGCGGGGCCUGGAGCGCCUCCUCCUCUCGGAGCAGCUCUCGCGGCUGGACGCCGAGUCCUUGGUCAAGCUGAGUGUUGACCGUGUCAAUGUGCACAGCCCGCACCGCGCCAUGGCCGCCCUGGGCCUUAUGCUCACCUGCAUGUACACAGGGAAGGAGAAAAUCAGUCCGGGGAGGACGACAGACCCCAACCCCGCCACCCCGGACAGCGAGUCGGUGAUUGUCGCGAUGGAGCGGGUGUCCGUCCUCUUCGACAGGAUCCGCAAGGGGCUUCCCUGUGAAGCCCGGGUGGUGGCCCGGAUCCUCCCACAGUUCCUGGAUGACUUCUUCCCAGCCCAGGACGUCAUGAACAAGGUCAUUGGGGAAUUCCUGUCCAACCAACAGCCAUACCCCCAGUUUAUGGCCACCGUUGUGUACAAGGUGUUCCAGACGCUGCACAGCGCGGGGCAGUCGUCCACGGUCCGGGACUGGGUGAUGCUCUCUCUCUCCAACUUCACGCAGCGCACGCCAGCGGCCAUGGCCGUGUGGAGCCUCUCCUGCUUCUUCAUCAGCGCCUCCACCAGCCCCUGGGUGUCGGCGAUUCUCCCGCACGUCGCCAGCAGGAUGGGCAGGCUGGAGCUGGUGGACGUGAACCUGUUCUGCCUCGUCGCCACGGACUUCUACCGCCACCAGAUCGAGGGGGAGCUUGACCGCAGGGCCUUCCAGUCUGUGUUUGAGGCGGUGGCGGCCCCGGGAAGCCCCUACCACCGGCUGCUGACGUGCUUGAGAAACGUCCACCAGGGCGCUGCGGGCUGA